AUGGCGUUCCUUGUCCAGUGUACUUGUAGAAAGCUUCUCUCCCUCUCUUCAUCUCUUAGUAGAACACCAUCAAAGAUUUAUUAUUUAUUUUUUAUUAGUAUUCGUAUAACUGGUGUUGUUGAUGAAGAAGCUAUUAUUAAAAGCAACAAUGAAAAGACUCCAAACUCCAAGAAGAAGAAAGGAUCUCCUCUCAGUCGGAAACUGUCACGUCUUCAGAAACUCUCUCGUGCUAACUCAAACAAUAAAGACUCACUUAACGAGGAGGAGGGGUCAGGAGGCGUGGCUAAUGAUAAUAGACCGAUAUUAAUGGUUAGGACUGAGAAUGUGUACCAUGAACCUAUUGAGAAGUCACAAGAGAUCAAGGCAUUGUCAGCUGAAGUGAUUAAAACUAUCAGAGACAUCAUUUCAUUGAAUCCACUGUAUAGAGAGUCAUUGGCUCAGAUCAUUGAGGCUGGUAAAAGAGUUAUAGAUGAUCCUACACAUCUUGCUGAUUUUGGAGCUGCACUGACCAGUGGAGAAUCACAUCAAAUUCAAGCAGUUCUUGAAUGUCCAGACAUUCCUGAGCGAUUGAUGCUAACACUUGAACUACUCAAGAAAGAAUUAGCCAUUGUAACACUACAAAAGAAACUUUGAAAAGAAGUUGAAGAGAAGUUUACUAAAAUGCAGAGGAAAUAUUUAUUACAAGAACAACUGAAAAUAAUAAAGAGAGAACUAGGAAUAGAAUCUUUAGGUGUUGGUAAGACUAGUAUAGCUCGUUCAAUUGCCCGGGCAUUAAAUAGAGAAUACUUCAGGUUCAGUGUGGGUGGUAUGACUGAUGUGGCUGAGAUAAAGGGACACAGGAGGACAUACGUUGGAGCAAUGCCUGGUAAAGUGAUACAGAGCUUGAAGAAAGUACAGACCGAGAAUCCACUCAUACUGAUUGAUGAGGUUGAUAAACUGGGACGUGGGUACCAGGGUGAUCCAGCCAGUGCUUUGUUAGAGUUGCUUGAUCCAGAGCAGAAUUCUUUCUUUUUGGAUCAUUAUCUUGAUGUUCCUGUGGAUCUAUCACGUGUCCUGUUCAUUUGUACAGCCAAUACAACUGACACUAUACCAGGACCACUCAUUGACAGAAUGGAAAUAAUACAAGUCUCUGGUUAUAUAUCAGAAGAGAAGGAAGCCAUUGCUCAGAAUUACCUGAUACCUCAAGCUCGUUCUUCCUCUGGUUUGGAGGAUGGGCAGGUCCUCAUAGAAACUGAUGCUCUCCAGUCCCUCAUCAAGUGGUACUGUGGUAGGGAGAGCGGAGUGAGGAACCUACAGAAACACAUUGAGAAGAUAUUACGUAAAGCAGCUUUUAAAGUUGUGUCACAGACACAGACUAAUGAUGAUGAAGCUGAAGCUGAAGAAGAUGAAAAGAAAGAAGAAACAAAAGAAGAAGAAGCGAAACCUUCUCCCCCUCCUGUCACAAUCUCUUCUUCUAAUUUAAAAGAUUUUGUCAGUCAUCCUCCUUUUGUUUCCGAUCGUCUCUACGAGACCACACCCCCUGGUGUUGUCAUGGGUCUGGCCUGGACGUCAAUGGGAGGUACUACUCUUUAUGUGGAGACAGGCGUGGCUGAGGGGCGGGGCCUCUUAAAGGAGGAGAGAGGGGAGGGGGGUAUGACUACUACUGGACAGUUAGGAGAUGUAAUGAAGGAGUCAACUGUUAUUGCUUAUACUUUUGCUAAGUCAUUUUUGUCUUCAAAAGAUCCUACAAAUGAUUUCCUUGAUAAAGCAAAAAUUCAUCUCCAUGUUCCUGAGGGUGCUACCCCAAAGGAUGGUCCUUUAGCAGGUGUCAUUAUAGUCUCUGCCCUCCUCUCACUGGCUAUGGAUCGUCCAAUACGUCAGAAUGUUGCCAUGACUGGGGAACUGUCACUCACUGGAAAAAGAGCCAUUGGCUCAGAUCAUUGAGGCUGGUAAAAGAGUUAUAGAUGAUCCUACACAUCUUGCUGAUUUUGGAGCUGCACUGACCAGUGGAGAAUCACAUCAAAUUCAAGCAGUUCUUGAAUGUCCAGACGUAA